CAUGCAUUCAGUCGGCAGCGCUCCCCUGUAGCAGCCGGAACCAGACACCCCCUCGGACUUUUGGGGAAACCUCCUUGGAGAUCCAUCUCCCUCUGGCUGCUGUCGUGCAGCUUGGGCGCGUUCCCUUGGCUUUUAAAAACGCAUCCCAAGAAGAGGACCCUCCCAGCGAGAGAAACGAGGUUGGGUCGGACCUGACACCCUAAAAGCGCAGAAAUCCUUCAGCCCCUCCAUUGCCCUCGGAUCCCCAGAAGCGGCGGCGUCGGCUGUGCCUGCGGGCGGACGGACGGAGUUUGCUCUUGAACUCGAUGGAUCUGAACUUUGGGCUGCAGGAUCAUCAGUGCGGCUGUUGGGGGAUCGCUACGUGCUGAUCUCCGGCAAGGGACGGCUGCUAAUUAUUAUUAUUAUUUUUUGUGGGGGGUGACCAGUAGCCGGGGCGCUCGGCACGAUGUUUCUCGCCACCUUGUACUUCGUGCUGCCGCUCGUGGAUAUUCUUUUGACAGCCGAAGUCAGUGGCGGGGACCAUUUGGACUGUGUGAAAGCCAGCGACCAGUGUCUCAAAGAGCAGAGCUGUAGUACCAAGUACAGAACCCUGAGGCAGUGCGUGGCGGGCAAAGAGACCAACUUCAGCCUGGCAUCUGGGCUGGAGGCGAAGGAUGAGUGCAGGAACGCUAUGGAGGCUCUGAAGCAAAAGGCACUUUACAAUUGCCGGUGUAAGAGGGGCAUGAAGAAGGAGAAGAAUUGCCUGCGCAUUUACUGGAGCAUGUACCAAAGCUUGCAGGGAAAUGACUUGCUUGAAGAUUCCCCAUAUGAACCAGUUAACAGCAGAUUAUCAGAUAUAUUACGACUAGUCCCACAUAUGCCAGUGGAGACUAUUUCAAAGGGGAACAACUGCCUGGAUGCUGCCAAAGCCUGCAACCUCAAUGACACGUGCAAGAAGUACCGAUCAGCGUACAUCACCCCUUGCACCACCAGCCUGACCAAUGAAGUCUGCAACAGGAGGAAGUGCCACAAGGCCCUCCGGCAGUUUUUUGAUAAGGUUCCCCCCAAGCACAGCUACGGGAUGCUCUUCUGCUCCUGCCAGGAUAUAGCCUGCACAGAGAGAAGACGGCAGACCAUUGUGCCUCUGUGCUCUUAUGAGGAAAAGGAGAAGCCAAACUGUUUGAAUUUGCAGGAUUCCUGCAAGACGAAUUACAUCUGCAGAUCUCGCCUUGCGGAUUUUUUCACAAACUGCCAGCCUGAAUCACGGUCUGUUAGCAGCUGUCUAAAGGAAAACUAUGCUGACUGCCUUCUUGCCUACUCUGGGCUUAUUGGCACAGUGAUGACACCCAACUACAUAGAUUCUAACAGCCUCAGUGUGGCCCCGUGGUGUGACUGUAACAACAGUGGUAAUGACUUGGAAGAAUGCCUGAAAUUUUUGAAUUUCUUCAAGGACAACACGUGUCUCAAAAAUGCAAUCCAAGCCUUUGGCAAUGGUUCUGAUGUGAACGUGUGGCAGCCAGUCCUCCCUGGACAGACCACCACAGCCACAACCACAACAGCCUUCAGGGUCAGGAGCAACAAGUCUCUGGGCUCAGGGUCAGAGAAUGAAAUCUCUUCCCACGUUUUGCCACCUUGUGCAAACCUACAGGCACAGAAGCUAAAAUCCAACGCUUCGGGAAACCCACACCUCUGCCUGGCUGAUCGGGAUUUUGACAAAGACAGAGCUGGGGGCUCCAGCCAAAUGGCCUCGGACUCAGUGGCUGCACCUACAAGUGGGAGUCUAAGCAAACUGACGAUCCUGGCCAUCACCGCACUGAAGACCUUCUUGUCCAUAAGUUUGGCAGAAACAUUGUAGCCCUAUUAACAAACAAACAAAACAACUACACAUGGACAUGUACAAAAACAAAACAAAACAAAACACAAGCCGUUUCCUGUUCUUUGUUGUCUAUCUGAAAUUCCAGUUUUAGGAGCUAAGUUGAAGCAGUGUGCUAAAAGAGUUUCAUUCAACUGGAAUUUUUUUUUUUUAAAGAAAGCUUCUUGUGAUAUUUAGAGGCCUUUGUGGAAUAUUUGAUGCAGUGCUACAUUCCAAACCCAAAAGGCUUUUGAACAUGCUGUAUUUUAAAGAGACAGUAUGUAAAUUUGGCUAUAAAACAAACAGGCUUUUUAUUAUUAUUAUUAUUAUUUUUUAAAUGGUUUUAACCCUGGCCUUUAUUUGCAAGGGACUGAGUUUGUUUUCCUAAUAACUUCCCUAUUUCAUUGAACAGCUUUGGUUUCAAAUUAAUCGAACUUCAGACUAACAGGGAUGCCAGGCUUCUGUCACCGCAUAAAGGUUCUCACCAAGAGUGGACUUUAUGAAAACAUUUCCUUCUCAUAGACUGCUACUGAUGUUAAGCUUUCUAAAUGUAUUAGCAUCUUCCUUCUUAAUGUUUAUGAACUCUUAAGUGGUUUUGCAUUCUCUCCUGCUAAAACAUGAUAUGUCACAUACAGAUGUAAUGUAUGUUUCUCAGUUAUGAUUUCAUAAAAAAGGGGGGUGGUGGGAGUUUGCAAGUUGCUAAUGGUAUGUUAAUCAUUUAAAUACAUUCAUCUAAGCCUUAUAUGGGUGAGAAUUCCUUAAACUAACAAGAGUCAGACAUAAUGGAAGCUUAACUCUAAUAAUCUUUACAUUUAUGAGAUUAUAUAUAGAAACAAAUUUUACUAAAUGGUUUCAAAUGUUGGCUUUCUAUAUUUUGGACCUAAUAAUACUAUCCCCAUUUUUUACUGUUGGUUUAAUACAAAAUACAUGGAGUUCAUUUCCCUCUCAUAGAACUGUUUUAUCUGCCUAUGUUAGUAACAUUAUAAAUAUAACUCCUUAAAAGCAGAAUUCUAGGAGCCUUAUGCUUUAUCAGAAAGCUCUGCAUCACAUUAUGGUAGACAGGAACAGGGGGAAACAGAGAAUCCUAAGGCUGAUCACUGACCGUUCAUGGAAACGUGCUAGAAGCCUCAUCUGAGGCGGGGGGAACAUUGGCCACUUAGAAAACGGUCUAGGUCUAAUGGCCACAUUGCUAGUUCACAUAAUGGAAUGGUUCUGGUUUUACUUCCUUCAACAAGGACAGCCUUCACUGGGUGAGGCAAAAUUCUCUGCCCCAUCCUUCAAACAUCUGCAGAGUUUCUUUCCUGAGGGUUGUCUUUAUUCUUAACUGUGACGGCUUAGUUACUCUUACAGGCAGUUAUGUCUAAAUGAUCCACAGUAAUCUAGUUUUAUUGACUCGCAUCCCUUCCCCUUUCCUUCCCCCCACCGUCCCACCCCCUCCAUGACAGACAAUAACAGAGUUAAAGCAAAAGGUUCAUUAUGGUGGAUUUAGAGCCCCGAAGUAAAACUUCCAUUGUAAUGUACUGGGUCCAUCAUGAUUGUUCAGUCGGUAUAGGGCAAUGAUAGAAAUAGAGACCCUUAAAUUACAAACUGCAGGGCUGCCUCGGUGUAGAGAAAAGCUCUGUACUGCUGGCAAAACAUUGGGUCCAUAGAUCUACACAUUCUUUUCUAUAAUUCUUUUUUAUUAAACUGAUACAGUUAUAAGUAUGUUUUUGAGGCCUGGGUAUUUUUGAGGUAAAUUAGAUCCAAGGUAUAUUCUGAUGUGUUUGUAGGAAUAUGCACCCCUCUAGACAGAGUAAACUCAAUAACAGCAUUUCUCUUUGAUUUAAUGCUGAUAAAUUGGAGUUUUCUUUUGAAUUCAGCAGAGAGGCUUUGGGGGAAGAAAUCCGCACUUGGUGUGUACCAUCUUAGCAUACAUAGUCCCCCUCCCCCCAGGCAUGCUGCUGUUUCCUCCCGAGUGUUGAUCACAUAAAUGAAAGGGGAAAAAAUAUGAUGAGAAAGAAGAAAUGUCUUUUGUACAACCAAGGUAAAGACCUAGUCUUUUAAGUGUAAUUGGGUUAGAAGCAUAAUUCAUACACAAAUGCUUUUGAAUGUGUAUUUCUAACUAUAAUUGCCAACAUUCUUCAGUAACAAAUGGUCUUAAGAUAAACUUGAUAGAAGAUGAAGCCUAUUUGAUCUGUGAAAACUUUCUGAAAUAUACUACUUGGAAUGAACACAUUAAGUGUGUUGAAAUAUCUGGAAGGCUAACAAUUAGUAAAUAUCUCUUAAAGAACAUAUUUUGCUUUAAUUAUGCUAUCACUGUAUCUAUGCUCAGCUAAUUACAUAUGGGUCUGAUGCAGUGUGUAGGCCACUAUAAAACGCUAUUGAUUACUUCUGCUGUAAACAGCAGCUCUAAUUAGCUUCAGAUGACCAAAGAGGAAAUGGUAGUUAUCAGAUCUAACAAGGGUCGCCUUCAGUAAUAAGCUCAUGGAUAUAAAACAGACAUAAAUUAUAUUUUGAAAAGCCUCAUCUAUCAUCAACAAGAAAGUUCUUGUUUUUCUUCAAAGCCAAAAGCAUAUUAUAGUUUCCAAAUCCCUAAUUUGAAAAUAAAUUGCAUAUUAAACAAACAGGAUGUGGGAAUAGAUUCUCAGUGUCCAAUCUUUUAUUGAAGUUAUUAUGGACUUAAGGCAGUCAAGAUUGGCAUGAAUUCUUUCUAGUUGAAUGUGAUAUGAGUGAUGUCAGCUUAACAUGGUAACCUUGUCAACACUGUCAUUUGCACCAGCCCUCUAGUUAGCAAAUGAUGUAGUUCUUUUCGAUUGAUUGUCUCCAUUAAAUGUUGACAAAAUAAGCGCCUGGAAAACUCAAGUGUCUCCUCCCUUAGUUUUUAGUUUGUGUGUUUUUGGAGCCGCCAAAUGCAAUAGUAAGCCAUUGAAAUAUGGGAAGAAGCAAUCGAUUCUAAGACUGUAAGUGCACUGGAAGUUUCUAGGAUGAGGCUGAUUUUAAACAGGAGCUAAUAAACUUUUAGGGCAAGUCCCAGAGUCAGGAAAGUCCUGCUGCCCUUUUCAGUUCAAAAAACAAACAAACAAAAGUACAUUAAAAAAAAACCAAGCAGUUCUGCUAAAGGAAUUAGAAGCACAGUCCAAUUUGACAUUGGCUUUAUUUGACCAAUUUUUAGUGUCUCAGUUAUAGCACACAAAGGAAAAAGUGCACAAUGUACAGUGGGGACGCAAAAUGCUGACCACAUGCCUAUUUUACCAUAUCUCUUUUGUCCAAACCACUAAUAGAAAUCUAGGAUGAGAAUCUCAGAGAAUAUUUUUGGUUAAGAGUAACAAUUGUAUGUCUAUUGCAUAUAGUUAUUUGACUGGGUGGUUUCUAUUUAAAAUGUAAAAAAAGAAAAAUCUUUCUUCUGAAGUUAGCACAGAGCAUUAGAUACCAUGUCUGGGAGUUUGUAAAUGACUGUGCAGUGCCCCUUUCAGAACUGUUACCUUUAAUUUGGUCUAUAUUAAGACCAGUUCUUAUCUUAAAUGUACACAGAGGGUGCGUAGUCUCCAUCGCAUCCCAGGUCCCACAUGCUACUUUCUGCUCUAAAUCAGAUACUCCUUCCUAACUCCAUCUGCUGAACGAGGGAAGUGGGAGAACUGAAACACUUUUGAAUCAAUGUGAGUACUUGGUGGGGGGAGGGAAAAGAGAUGUAGGAGCAGUGGGAGUUCAUAUAAUUAGCAAAAUCUUUUCUUAGAUUCCAGCUUUAAAUGGAUUUCUGUUGUUGUUGUUUAUGAAAUAGUGGCCUCCAAAGACCUGCUUUUCCUAAAAUAAGUUCUCAUUCAUGUCACCAGGCAUACACCACUUAUUUGAAUCAAUGAACUCCAUGACAGCAAGUGCCACUUGACUAAAUAACAUAGGCUUAUAGACUCCCAUACAACCUAUUUCUUGGCCCCUCGAUAAAUUUCCCUCUGAACAUUAUCUUACCUCUGUGAUGUUUGGUAAAGAUAAGCAAAACCAAGAAACUAUCUUUCAUGUCCAAAGUGAAUAAACAAUAAUGAGUUAGGGUAUUUGUCAAAAAAACAAAAAUAAACUGAAGUGGUCAGAGUACCAGCAAGGGUAAAUUGAAGUCAUUGCAGAGAGUUCUAUAGGAAAGGCAUUACCAAGGAGAAAGGAAAUUUUAAGACAGGGAGGAAGAUCAUCAAGAUGGAACCCUGGAAUGUCUGGCAAAAUCACUGGUCCGGGAAUGAAUGUAUCAUACAUCUGUGAUGAUAUAUUCCUCAUUGCAUAGAGUUGGCAACUUCUACUCAAUAAAAUAGAGGGAGAGUUAUCCCUUUUGAGGAAGGCAUAAAGAAAUAACUGAUAAGCUUAGGGAUCGCUGUUCUUGUUUCAGAUCUUGGAAAAUAAAACAAAAUUGAUUCUGUUCUUGGUUUUUAGAAGGUCAAUUUUUAUUUUUUGUUUCCCCCUCGUCCCCAAGAUAGCCCUCAAGUUUUAACUGAUAACUGAUAACUCUUGCCUUUGUCUGCUUCAUUCAGAUUUUACUUGUGGAUACUAGGCAGUCUUGCUCCUCAAAUGCCAGGUAUUUUAGACCAAUUCGCCAGAUUCUUCUCACGAUUCCCCACUGUGGAAUCCCUGAACUAUGUGCUUAUAGUUCAGUCCAAAUGGGUUUGGCUCAGCUCAUGAUCAUUUUUCCAUAAAACAUCUCAACUAUGGAAUUGGCACAUAUUGACUUGUUAAUAGGUUGUGCACUAUGGGUGGCAAAAAUCAGUCAACUCCCCAUGAAAUUUCAUCUUGAAAGAUUUGUUUUGUUUCUUGUAAAAUUGGUUAUUGGCCUUUCUGGUCAUCUACUUGAUUUGCCUUUUUCCCUUUUCCUUUUCUCCUACUGGCCUGAUUUAGUUUCUCCCUCCCCAGUUUUCUUCUUGUGUUACCUCUAAAUUUAGGCCUAAUCGAACAAAUACCAGAACCCUUUUGCACGCUCAGCCUUGGCUUCUUCAAAGCCUGUCUGUCAUCUUUUUUCAGGAGUAAAGAAUCUGAGGUCUAUAAUCCAUCUUUCCCAUGCAUCAUCCCAGCAUAGGAAAUUGGCUCUAAAAUCCUAACCAGGAAGGUCACAUCUGCACCAUCAUUGAACUGGCUUGACAUUGUCCUUAAUUUGAUUGCAGUGGGUAUCUAAGCAGGAUGAAAUUCUUACUAUUAAUAAGACAGCGGUCAAACGCUCACAGACCUGAAACCUUCCUAAAUGUUGUCCCUACUAUGGCACCUUGGGAAAAGAGCAAGCCUUGGCCAUAUUUAUUUCUAUAGACUAGGGACAACGGAAACAUCCUGAUAUUCAUUCAAGGUCUUGGUCUCUGAAGGUCUCCAAGCUCAUCUGACCAGCACAGCUGUGACUGAGGCUGUUCGCCUCUAGCAGGUGCCAAUAGCAGCAUCCUGUCAUGCUGCCAUGUGGAAUUCAUUUUUGCCAAGGGCAGCUGCCAAGCCCAAUAGCCAGCUUAAGUAGGAGGCUUUCUCUGGUUUGACCUCUUUUCCUAACCCAGCCAGAUUCCUUUACUUCCUUUUUGCUGUUUGUCCAUAAUGGAAGAAGAUAGGCUUAGUCGUCUUGGGUAAGAAUUAGUCAGAUGAUGUUCUUUCAUAUGGGCACAGAUAUCAUGCCUUCUCUCCAAAUUCUCCUUCCUCUUUGACCUUGCUCUUCCCAAGAGGACAUUAUUGGAUCUUAGGGGGAAAAAAUCAUAUUAAGGCACCUCUGUACCAUCCAGCUAGCGCUAAGUGUGUAUGUUGUGAUUUUGAAUUUUUCACAUCUGAGGUCCACAAGUCAAUUAAAUUGUGAAUCUUGGUGCGGUGGGAAAGGUGGGUUAGGGAGACUGAUAUAGACAGGGGGAUGAGAUCUGAGGCAUUUAAAGUCAACCUUGUUUGACUUCCUUUGCAUACCUCAUACUAUGUUGAACAGUGCCAGUUAAAAGGUGUUUUCAGUUCCUGGCAGGAAAUGAACCCUGAAGAGAUAAUAAUCUGUAGAGUUUUUCAUCUUUAACUCACCAGAUCAAAUCCAGAGCAGCCUGAAAAAGGGGAGAAGAAAGGCCCAGUUCCCCAAAGACCUCCAGUGGUGUAGGGAAGGGAUGGUAUCCAUAAUUCAGACAACCAACUCCCCAGCUGGGGAGAGAAAUUGAGCAAGCAGGCCUGCUUAUAGCUUUGGAAGUCUGAUUCCCUCCUGAACUCCUGACUGCUGAGGUAGAGGGUAAGCUGCCCAUGUGCAGAGAAGGGCAAAUGUUUCUUCUCUGGCCUUUUGCACAGACACUAAAUUCCCUUUAUAAUUACCUCAUGAAUUUAUUUUUUAGAGCCUGAGUCUCUGAGAGAAAAGUCCAACCAAGCUCACCAGCCACAGCUACUCACCUAUUAACAGGCAGGCACAGAACAGGGGCAAUCAGAUUUGCCCUUAACCAUGAACCUAAGUGAAGGCAGCCACAACAACCCCUGAAUCACUCCACUGAGCCAUUGGGAAGUACAAAUUCUGCCAAGUCCAGAAGCCAGUGGAGCUGCUGAAGCCAUAAGGUAAUAGUCAGGAAGUGAUUUUAUCAGAAACCACUCUUUCCCCCUUGUCCAGUGCGAAGCAGCAUAUAAAGGAAAACCUGAGAAAGUAAAAUAAAUUUUGAUUAAAGUGACAGCAAACCCAGAGCUGUGAAAUGAUGCUGCUUGAUGUGCAGAGACACCACUUGGACCUAGGAUACUAAAAAGCAAAGUUUAAAACGUGCUGACAAGGCAAAUAGAUAGCCUAGACUUAGAAGGGAGGUGGGAAGGUUACCAGCCUCUUGAAAAUGACUGAGGGUUGUCAGCUAGGGGCUCUCCACUCACAGCUCCUGGUGAAGGUGCUUGAUUUCCCUUCGAAGUGUUGGCAUCUAACUCCAAGGCUUAGCAGUGCUCAUAAUAGGAUGCUCCUCGGGUUGCAGCUGGUGGGAGUGGGCACAUGAAACAGAGGGUUAUGGGAAACCUGCGUUCUCUCCCUGGCUUGUAAAGCAUGCUUGAUCUGGAAUCUGGCUUUCUAUUUUCCCCUUUUCUCUGGAGGCAUUUCUGAAUGCAGAAGAGGAAACUGAUAAAGGUGGACCGACUCCCAGAUUGCUCUGCUUCGUUUGGCUGUGGUCUAACUCUAAUCAGGCAGUUUUUUGGACAUGUUCCAUGCUUUUUUUUUUCCUGGAUAUUUAAAGAUUCGACUUAAGAGGGUUGAAGGAAAAGCUUCAUGAGAAACAAAGCACAGGGUAGGGGGGCAGGGUGGGAUGAGUGGAGAGUUUCAAUUUCUCAGCAUUUUAAUCCUUUCUCCUCCCUUCUUCCCCAUCUGCCAAAGGCCUACUGGCACUACUUUUGCUUAAUAUGAGGCUUACAAAGUGGUGUGUGCAUGAUCCCUCAAUACUGAAACAAUUAUCCCUGUUUAAUCCAGCUCAUGUUGAGAAAUCAUGUGAGGUAUCAGGACAUUUUUCCCCUCUUCUUAAAGGAUGUUUUUGGAUCUCCUCAAUUUGGGGGUAUGUCCAUGUUUCUGUUCUAUAUGGUAAAGUUUGGGAAGAACCACAAUGCAGGGAGAUAAGAAUAAGAAAUCUGAAAUGGGUCUAUGUUAUGAUGGAAUUCCCAGAAAGGGGCCCACUUGCUUCCACCCCUAUCAGAACCGCGGCAUGUUUUGGAGGUGGUGUCUCCAGUGUCCGCAAUGAUCAGAGCCUACAAACUGGGAGCUUAUUCAUUGCUUUUGUUUCUGGUAUUUAUUUUAUACCACCUACUGACCAAGUACCUCCAUUUCUGGAGGACCCUAUAUGCUUACCUUGUUCUCUUGUGUAUAUCCUAUAUAUGCUGUACUAAGGAACUCUGUACAUUUCCCUGGGGUUGUUAUACUAUAUGAAGUCUUCUCACAGCCAUUUCACAAGGUACUUUAUUGCCAAUACCCAAGGAAGAGGAUUUAGUGUGGAAACUGGGACUAUGGAAGUGAUUUUGUGAUGUUUGAAUUUUCUGUUAGUAUAUUGCUCAUGCACUACAAACUGUACAUAGCACCUUUCCCCACCCCC